AAUAUUUAAAAUAAAUGCAUUCAAUAGGAUUGAUUUUGUUAAUGAUAAAUUUAGUAGUAGGAUAAGAUUUUACAGAAUUGGAUAAUUAUGUUGAAUAACAAAUAAUUUAGAAAAGAUUUCCAGGAGCUGUAAUUGGAAUAUAAUAGGGAAAUUACUAAUAUACAUUUAAGUAUGGAAGGACUGAAUAUGAAGGUGAUCCAGAAGACUAAGCUCUGUUGAAAACAUCAAUAUUUGAUUUAGCAAGUGUAAGUAAAGUAGUUGGAUGUACAACAGCAGCUAUGAUGCUUUGGGAAAAAGGUUAUAGAUUGUAAUAAAUUAUUAGGGAGAUUAAAUAUUGAAGAGACAGUUUAAUAUUAUGUACCAGAAUUUCCUCAUUCAACAGUUAGAAUAAGACAUUUAUUAUUACAUAAUUCAGGUUUACCAGCAGAUGCUCCUUUAGGAAAUAGAAUUUGGACAAAAGAAGAAGUGUUAGAUUGGUUAUACACAAAAAGUACUUUGCUUUAAGAGCCUGGAUAAAAAUAUAUUUAUAGUGAUUUGAGUAUGGUUACACUACAAUAAGUAAUAGAAAGAAUAACAGAAACAACAUUAGAUGUUUAUUUAGAUGAGAAUAUAUUUAAACCUCUUGGAAUGUAAUCAACUAUGUUUAAUCCUUCUUCUGAUUUAAAGUAAUCAAAUAGAUUAUAUUAGAUAUCGUAUACCUCCAACUCAAAGAGAUGAAGUGGUUAGAAAGAGAUUGAUAUGGGGAGAAGUACAUGAUCCAACAGCAUAUUAUUUAGGAGGAGUAUCUGGUAAUGCUGGAUUAUUUUCAACUGUUUAUGAUCUUAUAAAGUUUAUGUAAAUGAUGUUAGGAAAGAACUCAUUAUUUAAAUAUGAGACAUUAUUGUAUUGGACUAAAGUAGAAGAAGGUCUACCUUAUAUAAACAAUAGUAGAGCCUUGGGUUGGGAUACAGUUCCUAUUCAAACUUAUCCACCUUGUGGUAAUAAAUUCUCUAAAAAUUCAUUCGGACAUACUGGAUAUACAGGAACAUCUGUUUGGGCUGAUAGAGAUUAAGAUCUUAUUGUUGUUAUUUUAACAAAUAGAGUCUAUCCAGAUGAUAAAACAAGUGUUGUCUAAUUUAGAUAUGAUACUACUAAUCUAAUUGUAGAUAUCUUAAAAAAUUAACAACAUUUAAUUUAAUGAUGUUCA